AUGGCUGGGGAAGUUGCCAGAACCAUUUGCCACGUGGAUGAAAAGGCCAAGGAUAUAGAACAUGCAAAGAAAGUGUCACAGCAAGUGAGCAAGGUAUUAUAUAAACAGAACUGGGAGGAGAAUAAGGACAARUACCUGCUUCCCCCUGAUGCUCCAGAGCUUGUGAAUGCCAUUAAAAACACAGCAAUGUUCAGCAAGAAACUCUACACUGAAGACUGGGAUGCAGACAAAACACUGUUCUAUCCCUACAAUGACAGUCCAGAGCUCAGAAGGGUGGCACAGGCACAAAAGACUCUGAGUGAUAUUGUCUACAAGAAGGGGCACGAUGAGCGGAAAGCCAAAUUCACCUCUCUGCCAGACCCCCCUGAUGUGGAACAGGCCAAGAAGGUGACACGGCAGCUGAGUGAUAUUAUUUACCAUGAGGACUAUAAAAACAAAAUCAAAGGCAAGUGGAGUCAAACUCCAUGCUCUGACGUGGUAAUUGCAAAAAUGAAUGCAGAAAAUCUGAGUAUGAGGAAAUACCAGGAAGACUUUGAAAACAUGAAAGACCAAAUCUACUUCAUGCAGACUGAAACUCCAGAAUACGAAGCCAACAAAAGAGCUUCAGAAAAUGUCAGCAAGUACAAAUACAAAGCAGACUAUGAAAAGAAAAAAGCUGUUGCYGAUUAUAACGUGCUCCCUGCUACAGAGAACCCAUUGCUGAAGCAAUUGAAAACUGCAGGAAAUAUUCUGAGUGAUAAAUUAUACAAAGAAGCCUAUGAACAGUCCAAAGGAAACAAAAUGAAUUACUGUGAGACACCCAAGUUCCAGACUGAUGCUGCUCUGAAGAACUUCAGUGAUGUCAGUAUUUCAUUUGRGGUUYAUCCUUCGGUAAAAUACAAAGAUGCAUAUCAGAAGAAUAUUUUGGGGCACUACUUGGGCAGCUUUGAGGACCCCCAUCACAUCCACUGCAUGAAGGUUGAAGCCAUGAAGAGCGAUAAAAAUUAUAAAGCAGAUUAUGAGGAGGAAAAGACCAAGUGCUACUUCCCUCAGACCAUAACUCAAGAGUAUGAAGCGAUUAAGAAGUUGGAGCAAUGUAAAGAUUACACCUACAAAAAGCAUCCUGAUCAAACAAAAUUCACUUCAGUGACUGACUCUCCAGUACAGAAGCAAGCAGAGAUCAAUAGCAAACAGCUGAGUGAUAUAUUGUAUAAAUCCAAAGGGGAAGAAAUUAUUCACAAGUAUCACCUCCCUCCUGAUGUGCCCCAAUUCAUCCAGGCUAGAGUUAACGCCUACAAUAUCAGUGAUGCUAACUACAAAGCAGACUGGAAGAAAACCAUUGCCAAAGGCUAUGAUCUCAAACCAGAUGCCAUUCCAAUUCUUGCUGCUAAAGCUUCUCGGAAUAUUGCAAGCGACUUCAAGUACAAGGAAUCCUAUGAGAAAGACAAAGGCAAACAGGUCGGAUACCGGAGCCUGCAGGAUGAUCCCAAACUUGUUCACUACAUGAACGUGGCCAAAAUCCAGUCAGAUCGGGAAUACAAGAAGGAUUAUGAAGUCACCAAGACCAAGUAUCACACUCCUCUGGAUAUGUUCAGCGUGACAGCUGCCAAGAAAGCCCAGGAGGUGGUGACAAACACUGGCUAYAAGCAGCCAAUUCACAAUUACACCCUCCUGCCUGAUGCUGUGAACCUGGAGCUCUCAAAGAAUGUGAUGCAGCUUCAGAGUGAUAAUCUGUACAAAUCUGACUUCAAUAACUGGCUGAGAGGAGUUGGCUGGGUCCCAAUUCAGUCACUGGAUGUAGAAAAGGCCAAGAAAGCCACAGAGAUUCUCAGUGAGAAGAAAUACCGGCAGCAUCCUGACCAGCUGAAGUUCUCCAUCCCCAUGGAUGCCAUGGAACAAGUGCUGGCCAAGCAAAAUGCCMAGACCAUGAACAAGAGGCUCUACACGGAUAAAUGGAACAAGGAGAAGACCAGCAUUCAUGUUAUGCCAGACACCCCAGAAAUUCUGCAGUGCAAAGUGAACCAGCUGACAAUGAGUGAUAAACUUUACAAAGCUGGAUGGGAAGAGGACAAAAAGAAGGGUUAUGACUUGCAGCCAGAUGCAAUCCCAAUAAAAGCAGCCAAGAGCUCCAGAGACAUCGCGAGCGACUAUAAAUACAAACUGGCCUACGAGAAGGCCAAAGGGAAGCACAUCGGCUUCCGCAGCCUGGAGGACGACCCCAAGCUGGUGCACUUCAUGCAGGUGGCCAAGAUGCAAUCUGACAGGGAGUACAAAAAGGAUUAUGAGAAGGCCAAGACAAAUUUCCACACUCCAGUUGAUAUGGUCAGUGUGGUGGCAGCCAAGAGAGCUCAGGAAGUGGCUACAAAUGCAAACUACAAGAACUUGAUCCACACCUACAAUGUCCUGCCCGAUGCUAUGAGCAUUGAGUUGGCCAAAAACAUGAUGCAGUUACAAAGUGAUAAUCAAUACAAAGCAGACUAUGAUGAAUCUAUGAAGGGUGUUGGAUGGCUCCCACUGGGCUCCCUGGAAGCUGAGAAGAACAAAAAAGCCAUGGAAAUUGUUAGUGAGAAGAAAUAUCGCCAGCACCCAGACAAGCUGAAGUAUUCYGUUCCUAUGGAUUCCAUGAACAUGGUCUUGGCUUUAAAUAAUGCCAAAAUCAUGGAUGAGCACAAGUACAAACAAGCCUGGGAAGAAGACAAAAAGAAAGUUCACAUCACCCCAGAUAUUCCACAGAUCACUUUAGCAAAAGCAAAUGCAUUCAAUUUAAGUGAAAAAAUGUACAGAUCUUCGUUUGAAGAAACCAGGAAGAAAGGAUACGAUCUCAGGGCUGAUGCUAUUCCUGUCAAAGCUGCCAAAGCUUCCAGGGAUAUUGCCAGUGAUUAUAAAUACAAAUUAGGGUAUGAAAAGGACAAGGGAAAACUCGUUGGCUUCCGCAGCCUCCAGGAYGAUCCCAAACUUGUCCAUUGCAUGCAAGUGGCCAAGAUGCAGUCGGACAGGGAGUACAAGAAAGCCUAUGAGACCAGCAAAACUCAUUACCAGACACCUUCRGAUGCCCUCAGCGUGGUGGCAGCCAAGGAGGCGCAGGACCGUGUGACCAACACCAACUACAAACGCCUGAUCCACCAGUACAUGCUCCUGCCAGAUGCAAUGAGUUUGGAGCUCUACAGAAACAUGAAUCAGAUCCAAAGUGAUAAUGAGUACAAGCAGGAUUACAAGGAGUGGUUCAAGGGGAUUGGUUGGAGUCCCAUUGGCUCUCUGGAUGUGGAGAAAUCCAAGAAAGCCACGGAGAUUGCGAGYGAUCGGAAGUACCGGCAGCACCCCAGCCAGUUCCCCUUCACCAAGCAGAAUGAUGCUAUGGACCUGGUCCUUGCAAAGCAGAAUGCAAAUAUCAUGAACAAACAUGCUUAUACUCAAGCCUGGGAGAAGGAUAAAACUCAGGUCCAUGUGAUGCCAGACACACCAGAUAUUCUCCAGGCCAAACAGAACAAGACAAAUUACAGUCAGAAACUCUACAAGCUUGACUGGCAGGAAAUGAUAAAGAAAGGCUAUGACCUCACACCUGAAGCCAUGUCAGUGAAAGCUGCCAAAGCUUCGAGGGACAUUGCAAGUGAUUUCAAGUACAAAGAGGGAUACCGCAAGCAGCAGGGACAYCACAUCGGAUUCCGCAGCUUGCAGGAUGAUCCCAAGAUGCUCUGGUCCAUGCAAGUAGCUAAAAUGCAGAGUGAGAGGGAGUACAAGAAAGACUUUGAAAAGUGGAAGACCAAGUUCAAUAUGCCUGUGGACAUGCUGGGCUUCCUUCUGGCUAAGAAAUGUCAGGAGCUGGUCAGUGAUGUGGACUACAAACGGAUACUGCACCGCUGGACGUGUCUGCCUGACCAAGUCGAUGUCACCGAGGCAAAAAGGGUCAACGAACUGCAGAGUGAUAACCUGUAUAAGUCAGAUCUACAAUGGCUCAGAGGCAUUGGAUGGAGUCCUUUGGGAUCUCUGGAAUCUGAGAAGAACAAGAAAGCUUCUGAAAUCCUCAGUGAGAAGAAGUACAGGCAGCACCCAGACACUAUYAAGUUCACAAGUAUCCCAGAUGCCAUGGAUAUUGUUUUGGCAAAAUCUAACGCCAAAAACAGGAGUGAUAUACUCUACAGGGAAGCUUGGAACAAGGACAAGACUCAGAUUCACAUCAUGCCCGAUACUCCUGAAAUUUUACUGGCUAAAUCAAACUUGAUUAACACAAGUGAUAAACGUUACAAGGUAGGAUUUGAAGAGCUGAAGAAGAAGGGCUAUGACCUUCCUCCUGAUGCCAUUCCCCUGCAGGCAGCCAAGGCAUCCCGAGACAUAGCCAGUGAGUACAAAUACAAAACUGCGUACAGAAAACAGCUGGGCCACCACAUYGGRGCCAGRAACAUCGAGGAUGAUCCCAAGAUGAUGUGGUCGAUGCACGUGGCCAARAUCCAGAGUGACAGAGARUACAAGAAGGACUUUGAGAAGUCUAAGACCCGUUUCAGCAGUCCUGUGGACAUGCUGGGAGUGGUGYUGGCCAAGAAAUGCCAGGAGCUGGUCAGUGAUGCCGAUUACCGRCACCCUCUGCACCGCUGGACCUGCCUGCCKGACCAGAACGAUGUUGUGCAUGCCAGGACGGUGUAYGACCUGCAGAGUGAUAAYGUGUACAAGUCUGACCUGCAGUGGCUGAGGGGCAUUGGUUGGUCCCCAAUUGGGUCACUGGACAAUGAAAAGAACAAGAGRGCRACCCAGAUCCUGAGUGACAAGAAAUAUCGGCAGCACCCGGACACCAUCAAAUUCACAAGCCUGCCUGACUCGAUGCCCAUGGUGCUGGCAAAGCACAACUCCAAAAUCAUGGACCAAUACAAGUACAAGGAAGGUUAUCGCAAGCAGCAGGGCCACCAUAUUGGGGCCAGGAACAUCGAGGAUGAUCCCAAGAUGAUGUGGUCAAUGCACGUGGCCAAAAUCCAGAGUGACAGAGAGUACAAGAAAGCCUUUGAGAAGUCCAAGACUCACUUCAGCAGUCCUGUGGACAUGCUGGGAGUGGUGUUGGCCAAGAAAUGCCAGGAGCUGGUCAGCGAUGCCGAUUACCGGCACCCUCUGCACCGCUGGACCUGCCUGCCCGACCAGAAUGAUGUUGUGCAUGCCAGGACGGUGUACGACCUGCAGAGUGAUAAUGUGUACAAGUCUGACCUGCAGUGGCUGAGGGGCAUUGGUUGGUCCCCAAUUGGAUCAUUGGACGAUGAGAAGAACAAGAGGGCAAUGCAGAUCCUGAGUGACAAGAAGUAUCGGCAGCACCCAGGCACCAUCAAAUUCACRAGCCUGCCUGACUCGAUGCCCAUGGAGCUGGCAAAGCACAACUCCAAAAUCAUGGACCAU